UCCUGGAUACUAUAGACACUCUUUAUGUUUAAAUAUUUUCACUAAAUGUCAGUGUGUUAGAGAAUGAAAUAUCAGAAAUACUUUUAACGAUCUGUCUUUGUCCAUGUGUCAGACCAUGCUUAAAUUGCUGGUAUCAGGAGAAGGAAUGUCUCGUACGGGAGUGAUGAUUUCCAUCCCUCAGUAUCCACUGUACUCCGCUGCUCUGGCUGAUUUGGGUGCUGUACAAAUCAGUUAUUAUCUGGAUGAAGACAACUGCUGGAGUUUGGACAUCAGUGAGUUACGACACGCCCUGCAAGAAGCAAAGAAGCACUGCAGCCCUCGAGCACUGUGCAUUAUCAAUCCGGGAAACCCUACAGGUCAAGUGCAAAGCCGGCAGUGCAUUGAGGACGUGAUCCGAUUUGCUGCAGCAGAAAAGCUUUUCCUCAUGGCUGAUGAGGUCUAUCAGGACAAUGUUUACGCGGACGGGUGUAAAUUUCACUCCUUUAAGAAGGUGCUGUUUGAAAUGGGUCUGGAAUACUCUGAGAAAGUGGAACUAGCUUCGUUUCACUCAACGUCAAAGUGCUACAUGGGAGAGUGUGGUUUUCGUGGUGGUUAUAUGGAGGUGGUAAAUCUAGACCCUGAGGUGAAAGUUCAACUCACUAAGCUGGUAUCUGUGCGGCUGUGUCCUCCAGUGCCUGGGCAGGCUCUUCUAGAUGUUGUGGUCAAUCCACCCCAACCAGAUGAACCCUCAUAUGACACAUUCAUUAAGGAACGCACAGACACUUUGGCCACACUGGCAGAGAAGGCCAGCAUGACGCAAGAAAUCUUGAAUCAGGUCCCAGGAAUAAAAUGUAACCCAGUGCAGGGUGCAAUGUACACUUUCCCACGUAUCCACCUCCCACCGAAAGCCAUCCUGGAGGCCAAGGAGAAGGCACAAGUUCCGGAUAUGUUCUACUGUAUGAAGCUUCUGGAAGAAACAGGCAUCUGUUUGGUUCCUGGCAGUGGCUUUGGGCAGCGAGAUGGCACCUACCAUUUCAGGUUUUUCUCUCUUUAUACAAACAAGAAUGAUGAGAUUAGCCUUGGAUAUGUUUGUGACAAAUGUUCGGGUGUCCUAGUCCAGAAGGAGCUGAUGGGAAAUUAA